UAUUUCUAUUCAGUAGUUGAAUGGCUAUCGAAUGAGAUGUAGAUUUUCGAAAUAUUUUCAAAAAAUAAGUUUUUUUUAAUCAAUGCAACUUACUUCGGUCAUUUGUGCUACUUACACGUAACUUAUGUCAGUGUUAAGUUGUGAAAGUUAAGUUGCAGUGUUUCGUGUUAUUUAAAUGUCAAAAUUAAGGAUUUCACCGUUUGUUAAACAAUGUUUCGUGACCGCGACGGUAUGUCUCACCACCAUCGGCCACGGCUCCGUGGUGGGCUUCCCGGCGAUCCUGCUGCCUCAGCUGAAGGACCCUGACUCCAGCCUCAUCCUCAGCAAGGAGGAGGGCUCAUGGAUAGCGUCAGUGACAGCGAUCUCCCAGCUGCUGGGCAGCUUCACCACGCCGCCCAUCAUGGGCCGGCUGGGGCGGAAGGUGGCACACUUCGUCGUCAUCGCCAGCAUACUGCUCGGCUGGACUGUCAUAUUGCUCGCUAAGAGCAUGGAAGCAAUGGUGGUAGGCAGAAUCAUUCAUGGCAUGUCUUUUGGAUUGAUGCUGCCUCUACGCUCCGUACUCCUCGGGGAGUAUACCAGCCCAAAGAACAGAGGUGCAUUUCUCACGACAAUCUCCGUAGCCCAAGCCUUUGGGAUUCUGCUCGUCCACCUCGUAGGAUCUCUGGUUUCCUGGCAAAAGACCAUCCUGAUCCUUAUUGCCUUCCCACUGGCCAGUCUACUCAUGACUUUCUACACCCCUGAGUCUCCAAGCUGGCUCGCCGCAAGAGGGAGAUAUGAAGAAUGCAGGAAAGUCUUCCGAUGGCUCCGAGGUGACGGAGAAGAAGAGGAAUUAGAAGAAAUGAUUAGAGCUAGAUGCGAAUCGACAAGUACCCCGAUAUCUAACUGUAAGGAUCUCAUGGUGUUGUUGAAGAAGAAGGAGUUUUACAAGCCUAUAGUUAUUAUGAUACACAGUUACCUGAUGGGAGAGUUCUCAGGCGGUGCCCUCAUGUCCUGCUACUCCACAACAGUCAUCACUCUUCUGGCUGGUCCUGAAGUGGAUGCUCACGUGUGGAUGAUAGCUCUAGACACCCAGAGGAACAUUUCCAAUGCUAUAGCAGUAUUCGUAGUGCACAAAGUGAAGAGAAGAACAAUGUUCAUGGCGACGGGAGGUCUCUGCAUCGCCAGCAACAUCGCUAUAGCUUGCUAUGUGUACGCGAGAGUUCUCGGUGUGUUGACAUACACGGCAAUAUGGCUGCCAAUAUUACUCAUUAAUAUACAGUUCUUCACAGUAGCUGUGGGGAUGGUUUGCCUGCCUUAUGUCAUCGCUGGAGAGAUAUUCCCCUUGGAGUAUCGAAGUGUUGGCAGCAGUAUAAGCAUAGUUUCCAUAGCUUGUGGGUACUUUCUAGUCACGAAGUCUUUCCCUGCCAUGGUGGAUAGUAUAGGUCUGCAUGGUUCGUACGCGGUUUAUGCAGCCGCCAUGUCAUAUAACUUGUGUGUGGUCUGGUCCCUGUUACCUGAGACCAAAGGGAAGACCUUGCAGCAAAUAGAGGAGCACUUCAGAGGAAAGACGUUGGUUCCUGAGGAGAUAGAAGCCAGGCAACAUUUGAAAGAUAAGAAGACAGAUGUUGAGAAAACUCACACUGAUGUUUAGUGUACAAAUGAUUUAAUAUAAUUGUGAAACUGGACUGUCUGCGAUGUAGUAUAAAAUGUAAAUGACUAUUUGUGUUACACGAUGAGAAGUAAGUAGUUCCCAAGUUUAGUUACCUUCCAUGAAAAAACUGUUUGAAAUUCAAUAAUUCGAUGAAAGCUGCUAACCAGAAAACUAGAGAGCCUGUAACCUUUAAAACCUCCGUAAACAUAAUUUAAUUACAAAAGUGUUGUACAAACAACAUUAUUUUCUCAUAGAUAAUUCUAGAGAUCUUUAUUGUACAUUGAUAGCCUGUAAGGAUUAGAUUAGAUUAAGUUAAUAAAGUGAGGAUUUUGUACAUAAUAACAAAGUUAUUGAAUUAAUCGUACUUAUUAAUUCGUUUUAUAAUUAAUUUUGAUAAAUAAAUGUGAUAUUGCUAGAUACUUAAUGUAGCCACUCAAUUGUGAGAAACGUAGUUUUAUAAUUUUUAUCUUUUGUAAAUAAACAAAUAAGUAUUUUCUGA